AUGACGUGUUCAGUUGAACGAAAGACUCUUCUCAUUUGGAGAUUAUUUCAAUUUUGGACUUUCUUGGUGAUACUUGUUCUAGGUAUGUAUGAAACGUCUUUGGGAAAUGAUUCGGCUAAGAAUGAUCAAAUUAGAAUCUGGGUGUCCGAGGCAAUAAGUUUAUCCUUCUCCGGAUAUUUAUUGGUUAAGUUGAAUUCACGAUGGAAGGACUAUUUUCUCAAGAUAGAUGUUUUAAUUGAUGGAUUCUUGUCUGUCAUUUGGCUCGAUCAAAGCGUUCAUAAUUUAAUAGCCUUUACCAAUAAAGAAAUGGAAUGUAAUAAUGCAAUCAAAAAUGAUACACAAACAAAGUGUCAUUUAUUCCUUGGUAACACGACCCUUUCAUUUUUCGCGCUUUCUACCGCUCUCAUCAUGUUAAUAUUAUCGAUAGUAAAAUGGAAGAAAGGGCGUGAUGUUACAUCAUCAACUCAUGUUCAUGGCGUACAUGCUAAAUCACAGGCUUAUUUGGUUCGAAAAGGUUCAUUAAGCAAUGGUGAACCCGCAUUGUUCUUUUAUUCAAAGAAUAUGCACAAAUCUCCUUAUAAUAAUACCCAAAGAAAAUAUAUGUCCAAUUCAAUUGGGGUGGAUUCAACUUCUCCCGUUAAUAUCUCAAUACCAGAACCCGAAAUGGUUGCUACCUCAAAAUGUAGUCGUAAUGAUUAUGUUGGUUUGGAUGAAGAGGAGAAAGGUGAUCCUGCUUUGAAGUAUUGA